AUGGUCGUGGCUGCCGCCGCUUCUGACAGGCGACCUUACUCCUACUCCGACCCGCAGUUCUCUGAAGAAUUUGGCCCCGCCCACUACAACUUCGCCUGGGCGGUCCAGCACAGCGACCCAGGCCACCAAGAAGCCUGCGACGGCGACAGCAUCCAAGGGUCCUAUUACUUGCAACUUCCUGACGGCUGCCUACAGACCGUUAGGUUCAGCGUGCAAGGAGACUCCGGAUUCGUGCCCGAUAUCUCGUACGAAGGAGAGGCUCGUUACCCUGACUCUUUCGAGUCGUUCGAGUCGUCCGUGUCUCGUGAAUCUCGUGGCUAUGCCCCUCUAUGA